ACUUCCUUAAAGUGAAAGUAGACUUUCUCCAACUCUUCAGUCUCAGCAAGCUAAUGUGUUGCAUCUUGUGAAAACACAAAAUGACAGCUAUUGAAGUCCAGGGAAACCCACAGACAUCGAGACCUUGCAGAUCAGUGGGUCUCUUUCACAAUAUCAAGUUUUUUGUACUGUGUCACGGGAUGCUACAGCUUGCUCAGCUCCUGGUGUCUGGCUAUCUGAAAGGCUCCAUAACCACCAUUGAGAAAAGAUAUGGAUUUUCAAGUCAGAAAUCAGGACUGCUGGCAGCCUUUAAUGAGGUGGGGAACACAAUUCUCAUUGUGUUUGUCAGUUUCUUUGGGAGCCGUGUGCAUCGACCGAGAUGUAUUGGAAUCGGAGCGAUGAUCGCAAGUGUGGGGGUGUUCCUUAUAGCCCUACCUCACUUCAUUAGCGAGAAGUACGAUUAUACAGACUUCAAUAGCAACACCAAAGACAACAGUUCGGGUCUUUGCAAAUCACUGAACAUCUUCCUUGAGAAAGAAUCUAAGCAGACAUGUGAUCAAGAAAAGACUGAUUCUCACCUUGGAGUGUAUCCAGUACUUCUACUGGGUCAGUUACUGCUGGGCAUUGGUGGUGUCCCCAUACAACCUUUUGGGAUUUCCUACAUAGAUGAUUAUGCGGAAAAGAGGAAUUCUCCCUUCUACCUAGGCAUACUUUUCGCGAUUACUGUAAUUGGGCCGGCAUUUGGCUACAUGAUGUCUUCUGCGCUGCUUCGUUUCUAUGUUGACGUUGAUAAGAUGUCUUCGGAUAAUUUAGGUAUGAAAAAUGAUGACCCCAGAUGGGUUGGAGCUUGGUGGUUAGGAUUCCUGAUGGCUGCCACCCUCCUUCUCCUGACUUCUUUGCCAUACCUGUUUUUUCCAAGGAAGAUGUCUAGAGAGGAAAUCGUAGAGGCCCCUGUUGAGCCAUCCACAGAAAAAAUGAUGGAGGACAAGCCCAAAUCUGAAACAAAGGAAGAGGUGUCUCUCACUGAGUUCCUAAAAAGUUUCCCCAAAAUUGUAAUGAGGACUCUGAGGAACCCAAUUUAUUUGUUGGUAGUGUUGGCUCAAGUGAAUCUUGCUGCCAUGGUUGCGGGACUUGCCACUUUUAUGGGCAAAUUCAUUGAGAGGCAGUUUGCACAGACUGCCUCCUUUUCUAAUUUGAUGAUGGGUGGCUUAAAUAUUCCUUCAGCCAUGUUAGGUAUAAUGGCUGGAGGGGUUAUACUACGCAAGUUGGGUCUGACUGUCAGGUCUUCAGCGGCAAUGUGUACGGUGGCAGUUUUUGUUAGCAUUAUGUUUGCAAUUCCACUUCUCUUCAUUGGCUGCCCCACACAAAGUGUUUCUGGUAUCAACUAUAAUGUAUCUUCUCAGCAGUGUAGCAAUGCAUGUUCCUGUUCUGAUGAAGCAUUCAACCCUGUGUGUGGCUCAGAUGGAGUGGAGUUCCGCUCUCCCUGUCAUGCAGGAUGUAAGACAGUAAUGCCCAAUGAAGAGAAAGUUUGGAACUACACAGAUUGUGAUUGUGUGGCAUCAAUUGGCUCUCCAGGCUCUGCGUUUCCAGGACCAUGUGGAAAUAAGUGUAGUAAUCGGCUCAUUCCCUUCAUGAUCCUGUCCUCCAUUACAUGCUUUGUGGCUUCACUUUCCCACACUACAUCUUUUAUGAUGAUCCUCAGGACUGUGACUCCAGAAGACAAAUCUUUUGCCUUGGGAAUUCAGUUCAUGCUGUUUCGAGUGCUCGCAUUCCUUCCAGCUCCAGUGCUGUAUGGCCGUGCCAUUGAUACCGCAUGCAUUCUGUGGGGAAAGAAAUGCAAUAAGACAACAUCAUGUAGCUACUACGAUUUAGACCUUUUCAGACACAGAUUCCUGGGACUCCAGAUAUUCUUUAUAUUCGGUGGUUUCGUCUGUUUUUUCCUGUCUUUUAUGGUGCUUAAAAGAACAAAUUCAAUGCAGGAACAGAAUGAGAAAAUGAGCAAUCAGACCAAAAGUGAAAGUUUCCAAGAAAUGAAAGAUGCCAAACAGAUGUUGAAUACACAAAACUGCAAUACACAAAAGAUCCUUAGAGAAUAAAGACAGAAGUGAAUAGAAUGAUGGGAAUGUCUUUUUGUGGGAAGUUUAGUAAGGCUUAAGAAACCUGGAGUUUCUCAGCUUACUUUAAGUGCAACUACUCAAAUAGGCCAAGUUUGACACAGGGUGAAACCAUACUGUGAACACACUCAUUUCUACAAACAGUUGACAACAGCCAGACAUACUAAUGCAAGGAAAUAACGUCCACUUUAAAAUACAUGCUAUUGUUUAUGUAUUAUCUCUGCCAGUAAGCCUGAAAUAAUUUCUUUACUUCUCCUUGGAGUUUAUAUAUUUUGUCUGUGAGCACUCAGUUGUUCUUUACACAUUUUAUAUGCUAAAAAUAUGAAAAUGCGAGUAGCGUUAUUUGAACUCACUAUUUAGUUUAGACAAGGAGCCAAGUAUGUUGAUAUAAACAGACCUUCUGUCAUGGUGUGAUGUGUUUAUGACAAGUUUGUUAGUAAUUUUGUAGUGCACACUAACACAUUUUGGUUGUGUUGAUGUAACGUGUUAGAUCUGUUUACAUUUCAUGAUGUAAGAAAGAUCUAUUCAUAUUGGUGCAUCUGUAGCUUUUUGUAUGAAUUUUAUUGUACUAUGGUACAUUUACGAAUAACCAGUCACGUGAAUAUAUGUGGCAUAUACCUUCACAUAAAUAUACUGUACAUGUGUUUAAUCAACUAAGAUUUUAUAUCACUUUUAUAUGUUCUACUACAUCUACAUUUAUCUAUGUUUUGUUGAAACAAAAAUAAAAAAUGUCAUAUUUCAUAAA